AUGGGUAAGGUGUACCAGGCAUCCACUGGUGGACAGUACCAGGCACCCACUGGUGGUAGUGGUGGUGGACAGAACCAUGCAUCCACUGGUGGACAGUACCAGGCAUCCACUGGUGGACAGUACCAGGCAUCCACUGGUGGUAGUGGUGGUAGACAGUACCAGGCACCAAAUGGUGAUAGUGGUGGUGGACAGUACCAGGCACCAAAUGGUGAUAGUGGUAGUGGACAGUACCAGGCAUCCAUUGGUGAUAGUGGUGGUGGACAGUACCAGGCAUCCACUGGUGGACAGUACCAGGCAUCCACUGAUGGACAGUACCAGGCAUCCACUGGUGUACCAUGCACCCACUGCGGUAGUGGUGGUGGACAGCACCAUGCACCCACUGGUAGUAGUGGUGAUGGACAGUACCAUGCACCCACUGGUGGCAGUAGUGAUGGACAGUACCAUGCACCAACUGGUGGUAGUGGUGGUGGACAGUACCAUGCACCCACUGGUGGUAGUGGUGGUGGACAGUACCAGACACCCACUGGUGGCAGUGGUGGUGGACAGUACCAGGCACCCACUGGUGCUGGUGGUGGAGGACAGUACCAAGCAUCCACUGGUGGUAGUGGUGAUGGACAGUACCAUGCAGCCACUGGUGCUAGUGGUGGUGGACAGUACCAGGCACCCACUGGUGGCAGUGGUGAUGGACAGUACCAAGCAUCCACUGGUGGUAGUGGUAGUGGACAGUACCAUGCACCCACUGGUGGCAGUGCUGAUGGACAGUACCAGACACCCACUGGUGGUAGUGCUGAUGGACAGUACCAUGCACCCACUGGUGGUAGUGGUGGUGGACAGUACCAUGCACCCACUGUGCCAGACGCACCCGCGGCGGUGGACGGUACCAGGCAUCCUGGUGGUGAACAGUACCAGUCAAUCGCUGUUGGUAGUGGCGAUUGGAAGUGCCAAAGACCCACUGGUGGUAGUGAUGGUGGAAAGUACCAGGUAUCUACUGGUGAUAGUGGUGGACAGUAUCAGGCACCCACUGAUGGACAGUACCAGGCACCAACUGGUGGUAGUGGUGGCGGACAGUACCAGGUACCCACUGGUGGUAAUGGUGGUGGACGGUACCAAGCACCCACUGCAGGUAGUGGUGGACAGUACCAGGCACCAACUAGUGGUAAUGGUGGUAGACAGUACCAGGCACCCAACGGUGGUAGUGGUAAAAGACCGUACCAGCCACACACUGGUAGUAGUGGUGGUAGACAGUACCGGUCACCCACUGGUGGUAGUGAAAGUGGACAGCACCAAGUCCUCACUGGUUCUAAUUGUAGUGAACAGUACCAAACAUCCUCUGGUGGUAGUGAUGGUGGACAGUACCAGCCACCCACUGCUGGUGGUGAUAAUGGACAGUACCAAGCUCCCACUGCUGUUAGUAGUGGUGGACAGUACCAGUCACCCAGUAGUGGUAGUGGUGGCUGCCAGUGCCAAGACAAGGGAGACAGUGGUGGAGAGAACCAUGCCGCUAGUAAUGGGAGUCAGUAA